CUCCGGUGAAGACAUCAAACAACAUGAAAGCUUUCGCAUUCGCCUGCAUCGUCCUUGCGUUCUGCAUCGGAGAGUCUCUGCAAGACACUCCGCACGAGCGGUGCGAAAAUGGACCUAUGCCCGAUUCAUUGACGGUAGAUGGAUGCAAUGGUUCUCCCUGCGAUAUUCACAGAGGGACCAAUUUGACCGCGCAUUGGGACUUUAAGGCCAUCGCUGAUGCAGAAAAACUGAUAACCCGCGUGAAAGUCACAAUCAUGGGGGCCACGGUACCUUAUCCAUAUCCCUAUCCGAAUGCAUGCGAGUCUCUGACGAAUAGCAAAUGCCCUUUGAAAAAAGGCGACAAAGUAACGUACAAUCUCUUCAUGCCGAUAUCUAAACUUUAUCCACCAGCGUCUAUGACCAUCGAGUUCGCUCUGGUCGACGAGAAGAGCAAUGUGCAAGUGUGCUUCAAAUUGAACGCCCAGGUAGCGAACUCAUAAAUAAAAUAGGCUCUUGUAUAUGACGACCUCAGUCUUUCUAUCAAUGUAUUACCCGGACAUUCUUUAUUAUUUUACAUAAAUUGUUAAGUUUUUGA